AUGGCACGUUUCGAAGCCUCUUCGUCCGAGUCGCGGCUCUACACCUUCUCUGACGAGACGAAGCAGAAGCUGCGCAAAUUCCGCUUGGGCACUUCGCGGGCCAAAGACCCCCAGGCCAUUAUAUACGAGAUCGAUAAGAAGACGCUCGAGAUACGGCCGAUAGAUGGAGAGGUCUACACGAACGUACAGGAGCUUGCCGAUGAGCUGCCAGACCAUGCUCCGCGUUUCGUACUCCUCAGCUAUCCGCUGACCCUCGACUCGGGAAGACUAUCAGUCCCCUACGUCAUGUUGUACUACCUCCCGAUCACCUGCAAUAGUGAGGUCAAGAUGCUUUACGCUGGCGCAAAAGAGCUGAUGCGCAACACGGCCGAGGUGAACAAGAUAAUUGAGAUCGACAGCGCCGACGACUUGGAAGAAAUCGAAGAGAAAUUGAAAGGCGAUUCAUAG